AUGUGGAAGAAGCCAAAGUGGCAGUGGGAGGAAGGGGACGAGUGGGGCACGGAGUUGUGGGUGGACUACGACGAGGAGAACACGGAGAUGCUGGAGGAGGCGCACAAGGCGGAGAUCAACCCCGUGGAUCUGGACAGGGGCUACUUCCAGAAGCGGCCGGGGUACUUUGUGGACUUUGAGGGCGGCUUCCAAGCAAGCAAGAUGACGGGGAUGACGCGGCGCAUUCGGCGCUUGGACGAACUGCAGCGCAGCGCCCGGCCAGAGCUUGUGCAAGCCCUGCACACCUGCUUCACAUCCACCAACGUCGUGGCCUUGGUGAGCAAGGACGAUGUGACCGUCGACGAGCAGGAGGCAAAGCUUUCGGAGGACGCCCUCAUCCAGCUCUUUGACAAGCAUGUCCCAAAUCUGCACGACCUGCGCGAUUGGACCGGCAAGGACCCCGUCACCAAGUUCUUCUUCGGCACGUACACCAGCGGCGUGCCCAAGUUCAAGGCAAACAACCCGAGUCUGAACAAUGUCCUCGUGCAGGCCUUCCGCUACAUUGUCCAUGAAGCGGAGAAGGGUAACGAGGCAGCAAUCCGAUGCAUGCGUCCGCUCGCAGAAGCAUUUGAGUCAUGCCAAGCAGAGCAAGCGCGAGAGAUCAACAGCCUCUUUGGCACCGUCACCGGCCGCGACAAAGGGCUGCCCGAGCAGCUGGCCAAGUUCAUUGACGAAUACAAGCAGCGCGUUUUGAACACGGUCAUUCCCGACGUGUUUGAGACUACGGAGGACAACAGCUUUCCCCACAAACAAGUGCCCCACAUCUACAACAGGUGCCUUGUUGAUCUGGGCGACAUUCUCGGCCUCUCUGGCGUUGAGAUUGCGCAGGCGGACGCAGCAAAGCCGCCAGAGCUCGACGAAACCGCCAAGACAACAGUUGUUGAUCGAUUUCGCGAACUCUUCGACAUGGAACAGCUGUUGGAGGACAUUACAUCCGACAUCAACCAGAGCGGAAAUGUUGAGCGCGCAAUUGACCGCACGCUGCUGUUGAAGCACGAGUUUCCCGCCAGUUUCGAGCGCCACAAACUGAUGUACGACGAGGACGAGCCGCAGGUGUACAACUUCAAGAAGCCCACAGAGGAGGAGGAGUUCAACGCGUUUGUGUUUCCCGGCAUCGUGGCGGAAAUGCUUGCAUGCAUCUUCCUCCCUCCAGCAGAGUAA